GGCGUGGCGUGGCGUGACGUUAUCCAACGUGCUGCUCGGCGCUUGACUUGUCGGGCUGGACCGUGGUAGUUUCACUACGCAUUCUGCAACCAGAAGUGAUUCCCUUCCCGGAACCGUUCUUGGAAUAAUUCACAUUUUUGCUAUGAGAUAGAACUUCAGGCCCGUAUAAUGGCCAGUUCACUCGAAACUUUUCGAAUCCGAUCAGCUGAUAUUUUAACCAAAGACCCGCUCGACUACGGAGGAUUCGGUGAAGUCUUCUUAUGCCGCCACAAAACCCUCGGACCUGUGGUCCUGAAGGCUGUGUUCACUGGCCUUCUUCGAAACGAAGAUAGUAAGAGAUCGCUGCAGGAGGAGGGGGCCCUGAUGACCAAACUGUGCCAUGAGCGUGUGGUGAAGCUUCUGGGUGUCAUUAUGGAGGACGGGGACUACUCCCUGGUCAUGGAGCUCAUACCAAUGGGCAAUCUGAAGUCCAUGCUUCAACAGGUUACAGUGCCAAUAUCGAUCAGGGGCAGAAUCGUUCUCGAGAUUCUGGAAGGAAUGGUUUACCUCACAGAAAAUAAUGUCAUACACAAGGACUUGAAGCCGGAGAACAUCUUAGUGGACCAGGACUUCCACAUCAAGAUCGCUGACCUCGGCCUGGCCACUUGCGAGUCCUGGAGCAAGCUGACUCGGGAGGAGUCCCGCAGGAAGAGCCGCUCAGUGGCCACGGCGGGCACCCAGGGGGCCGGCACGCUGAGCUACAUGGCCCCUGAGCACCUGGAGGACAUCAACAUCCGCUCCACGGAGAAGUCUGACGUCUACAGCUUCGCCAUCGUGCUGUGGGUCAUCCUCACCGGCCGAGACCCUUACGAGAACGCCCGAAACGAGAACCAGGUGUGCAUGUGUGUCCGCAAUGGAAACCGCCCAGCGGAGGACCUCAUCGCGGAGGACAUUCCCCGCGAGAUGGUGGAUCUCAUGAAGAGCUGCUGGCACAAGGACCCGAAGCUGAGGCCCACAUUUCAGGAGGGUUACAAGAUGUUCCUACCUUUCUACACGGAAAAUCUCGAAGACUUAAUUGAGAAGGAUUCCCAUCAUUUGAGGGAAAUGUACGAUGGUCCCGAAGGGCUGGUGGAGAAGUUGAAAACCCUAACUAUCCCCUCUGAGUCUGCAUCAGCAGACGGCCCCGCCUCCCUGCUGAGCUCAGACCGAAGCGGCCCCUCCCUUGGCCCCUCCCUGGGCCCCGUGGAGGCCAGCGUGGAGGACCUCCACUACGAGGUGCCCGCCGACCCCAUCCAGACAGACGCCCAGGGGGUGGGGGCGGAAGGCCCCCACGCCACCAGCCUGGAGCAGAAGCUGGACAGGGAGCUGCAGUACCACAAGAACGGCAGCUACACCUUCGUGGGCCAGCCGCACUCGGCCGACCCCAGCCAGCCCGACCACAGCCGGCUACGACGCGCCGUCUCGGAGCUUCCCCAGCACCCGGGGAUGUCCUCGGUGCGCCCGGCGACCGCCGAGCCCUCGGAGGACGGCUGCUACCGCCCCGACAUGGGCAUCUACGAGUCGAUGGUGUCCGCGGCGUCCUCGGCCAAGUCUCACCACAAGUCCACUGUGUCCAGCAACCCGUCCCUCGCCGAGCACCGGCUCGUCCCUCCGGAGCAGGCCUCGGCCUACGAGCGACAGAAGUCGUGGCCGACGUACCCAGUCCCGGACACGGCGGCGGCCGACUACCCCGCCGGGCUCCGCUUCACUCCAAACACGAUCGGCCCCCUGCAGGAUACAGGUUACCAGGGUUGGUGCAUCCAGAACGCGAGUGCUAUCCAGAUUGGUAAUAACAACUCUCUGAGCAUCAGGGGCUCAGACUCCAGUCUGGGUGGGCCGUCCAACUCUAUGCUGCAACUCAAACAGGCUCUCCUGAAAUAUGACGACCAGGCGGUGACUGAGGAACACCUGAACCUGCUGAGGGACAACAUCGGCUCCAACUGGAAGCGCUGCGCUCGGCGCCUGGGUCUGACCAACGUGGAGGUGGAGGCGGUGGACCACGACUACUGCCGCGACGGGCUGCAUGAGAUGGUGCACCAGAUGCUAGAGCGCUGGAGGAUGAAGGAGGGCAGCUUGGGCUGCACUGUGGGCAAGCUCUGCCAGGCACUGGGUAGCCACAUCCCCGUGGACGUGAUCCAGAAACUGUUGUCCGCCUGCCAGAAGAGCAGCUCCACCUGAAUGGGAGGGAGAUGGCAGCACAAAGGAUAGGGAGUUGAAUUUACAACCCCUCCAAAAAUCAAAGCCAUCUCUUUCCAAGCAAAGUCCUUCCCAUUAAGUACUUAAGAUAUGGUUGGGUCAUGAUUCUCUCUCUCGCUCUUUCUCUCUUUCUUUCCUUCCUUCCUUCCUUCCUUCCUUCCUUCCUUCCUUCCUUCCUUCCUUCCUUCCUUCCUUCCUUCCUUCUUCAGAGGGAUAAAGAUGUUCUUUCCUUUCUACAAGAAAGUCUGGAAGACUUAAUUGGGAUGGAUUCUCUUCCAUUUAGUUGAAAGUGAAUUUUCUCAGCCGUACAGACUGAUCAGUUUACAGUUUUGGUUUAUACCAACACCUCUCACUACAGCCUGAUGCUGUAAGUCGAACACAAACUGUUUUUGACACACAAUGUAAGAACAUAAUGUGUUGGUUUUUGGUUUGCAGCAGCGGGCUGAGGCAAAUUCACUCAACAAGUACAAACGUACUUCCAAUAUCCUGAUGAGAGAAAAUCAAAAAUUCUCCAAUUGUUAGAUGUUUACUGUUUUUGGGGGAUUCAACUGUAUAUCUGGCAUUUACCCGGGCGCGAUGGAUGUAUUUGAGCCAAAAACCUGAACCAUAACAUGAAACAUAAUAAUGAUUUUAUUUAGUGUGGAAGGCAUAGUGAAUUAAGUAGUUGUGUCAUCAUCAUUAAUAAUAACAUUUGAAAAUGUACCGGGUAUUCUUAUGAAUGUGAAUUAUGUUGAAAUGUGCAAUUUUCUUAUAUACUAUUAUAUGUAUAAAUUUCUUUCAACUGUUCCACUACAAUAAGAUGUAGAACAAUAAAUAUGCUUCCUGUGCAAAUGUAUGCAAUUAGCAAGCUGGUUGCUAAUGGCUUCUGUGCUAUCACCCUAUAGUAUAAAGGCAAGACUAUUUGUUAUCUUGUAAAGGUAUUUUUAAAUGAUAAGUUUGACCAGUGCUUUCAAUGGUCAGCUCACUGUAAUGUGUUUGUGUGAGUAUGUAUGUAUGUGGGAGUAAGGACAACGAAGUUGCAUAUCACUAGUGCUGAUUCAUUUUCCAAAUAUAAAUUUCAAAUAAAAUAAAAAGUUUUGUGUAA